GAGAGAGAGAGAGAGAGAGAGAGAGGGAGAGAACGCUACACAGCCCAGCCCAAAAGACUCGUUAUACUGGAAAACUCAAAGACUGCAGGCCAAACACAUCUGCGAGAGACUCAACAACUGUAUGACGGGACAGGCCGCUCUAACGGACCAAGCUCACAAACCAGGACAGAUACAGGGGACGUGAACUACAAACUGGAUCAAAGGCCGGGAUGGGCGCUUCAGAGGACAUGAUGGGAAUCCUCCAGAGCGUCUGGACCAAACUGCAGGCUCUCCCCCAGGAGCACCCGCUCACACAGACGGCGUUCGUCAUCAUCCUGCUGUUCUUCUUGACAUUCAUCGCUCUGAUCGUGACUGGAUGUGUGUACGGCUGCUGCGGCUGCUGCACUGGCGGGUCCAGGAACAAAGUCUCUGCCGUCUGAAACACGGCCAGCAAAGGAGAUACACACACACCACAAUGGGCCAAAAUAAAAUCUAGUGGAGUUUGAUAGUUUUGUUUGUGAACGCUGUGAUCCGGCACAUUACAGCGAUACAAUUCAGCCACUGUACAGCUGCAUGAACACACAACACGCAUCAGCUACAGUCACGAAGCAAACCUUCAGAAGCAGAAACAAGCAUCUGGCUGAGGAUUAUGCCCCCCUUAAUUAUGGAAGUCACAAAUAAACACUAAAUUCCCAACCUCUGUCAUUAUAUGAACGGCGAACCACUGUGAAACCAGUGGCUGCCCUCUGCUGGUCACUUACACUACUGCAGUAACGGAGCAGAGAUGCAGAAACAAGAGAUCUCUGGUCAAUACCAUUCAAAAGUGUGGGGCCAGUAAGAUUA